AUGCGUGUGACUAAGGGAUGUGCUCGUUGUCGCCAUCGUCACGUCCGCUGUGUGGUUCCCGACGGCGCCUCUUCAUGCUCUCGCUGCUCACGCUUGGGCCGGUCAUGUGAACUUGAGCCGCGCUUCCAAUUCAAGCCUGUACGCCAUAUAUACCAGCAGUGUGAGAGCGCUCCAACCCGCUCAGACCUUGUCUGGGAUGAGCAGCAGGUCUGGGUUGGGGUAUCCCGGCCAGUGACUUUCGUGCACCAGGCCGACGACCUCACGCGUGAACUCCCAGAGCCAGACGACCAAGACCAAGGCCUUGAGCAGCCUUAUCCAACGCCAGAGGAAGGCCAACCCAUACUCCCACAAGCACUUGAAUCUGUCCCGACUGAUGCAUUGUCAAACCAUUCUCCGAGUCACGCACCAAGUGACCUGUCGACGCCAUCUCCUCGAGAGGCGUACUUGAUCCGCUCCUAUAUUCAAAAGAUUGCCGCUGUGGCGGAUAUCUGUGAUCCUCAAUCUCACUUCAGCACCGAAGUUCCUCGCCGAGCACUAGAGGAGCCCAUGUUGUUGAAAGCUCUCCUCGCACUUGCUGCCAGACACGAUGCGAUCUUGACAAAUGAUAGUGACUGUGAAGCGUCAGCCUUUCACGGGGAGUGUCUGGAAAUGCUCAUUGUUGCCUUGGAUCAACCCGAGGAGAGCUAUGACGACAAUCUCCUCAUCACCGUGGUUGUGCUUCGUUUCUACGAAGAGCUUGAGAGGACAACCGACAGGAAAUGCCAUCUCCUUGGGUCUAACCAUCUCCUCAAUCUGAUGUCGCGAUCUGCAUCGUCCGGGGGAUUAGCCGAGGCAGUGAGCUGGCAAUUCCUGCGCCAAGCCAUCUACUCCUCCAUAGCUCAAUAUGAACCAAUACAACUGGACUUGCGCAAUUAUGAGCGGUCCUCGGUCUUCCAUCGCGAUGAUGACGCGGCCCGAGCAAAUGCCAUCAUUUUUUUCUGCGCAUGCAUUCUUCAGCUAUGCUGCGCUGCGCCGGCGUACGCCAUUGACCGAAAGAGCUGGCAGGAGUUGGCAGACUGUGUGGAGGACUGGCACCACACUAAGCCGAGGAGUUGGCAUCCACUGCGAUAUCAACCGCCUAAUUUGUCCGAGGAUCGCCCCUUUCCCGAAUUAUGGAUCAUGUCGCCCCCGGCUGUGGUUGGUUUGCAAUAUUACCAUGCUUCUAAAAUAUUUCUGACCAUGUCUGAUGCGCCGUCGCAGCGGUUGACGGACUAUGAAAUGGCGCGAGCUCAAGUUCUCGCAGAAAAGACAGUUGCCAGUCAUCUUGUGAUGGCCAUUGGACUAUCGCUAUCGAAUGAAAGUGUUCAGAACAGCUACUUCAUCGCCUCGCAUCUACUUCAGCGCUUUGGAUACUGCUUACGGCAGCCCGCUGAACAACAGGGAUCACUGCGUUUCCUGUCUCGUGUAGAAAAGAGUCUUGGGUGGCGCACAUCGUGGAUCAGACGAGAAUUAGAACGCCAGUGGAUGGAGCGGGACAGCGUGAACUCUGAAGCUGGCUGA